UUUAGGGGUUUAAUUUCUCGGAAAUCACUGUCAACAAAAAUGGCUGACUCUCAACCAGAGAUUUCUGCGGUGCAAACAAAGCGUCCUCGGCUUGAACAAGACGAGCAUAUUUCAUCAUCUUCGUCCUAUUUUAAUGCAUCUGUUUCUAACCCUCAUCAAGAGAAUGCUAAUUCACAGCCAUCGUCAAAUCACUUACCUGAAUAUUGCACGUCAAGUGUUGACGAUGUCAGGGCCAGGCCAAAUCUCCAAGGUUCAGCAGGUCCCGGGGAGGAAGCACGGUGCAGCAGCAGCAGCCUCGGAGGCCUUGAUGAGCUUAGCUCAGUAGCAACCCAAGAUGUGAAUAAUGCACUACCUAUGGACAAUGAGCCAUCAUCUUCUACAUUAAACACCAACCAACCAACCAAUGAGAAUAUUGAAGAAUCAGAUGAUAGUGAUGAAGACUUGGACUUAAACCUGGGAAACUGGACACCACAGCCAGCAAAGGGUCCGUUGGGUUGGCUUCAACAACAGAUGAUAAUGGGAGUAAACCCUCGCACCAUCCUCUGCAAAGUUUUCCCAGCCACCGUCUUUCCCGAAGGAAUGGAUGAAUGCCAGCUUUGGGCGCUUCUCGUUGAGUAUUUUGAAUAUCUGAGUGAGCCGAAACGAAGAUUAAAACUAGACAACUACAAUACUAUGGAUGAUGUCAUAAGUCUGUUGCUAUCUUGCUCGAAAGUUCUUGUACUUACGGGAGCAGGGGUGUCUGUGUCCUGUGGUAUUCCGGACUUCCGAUCGAGGGAUGGCAUCUAUGCACGGCUGAGCCAAGACUUUCCUGAUCUCCCUGAUCCACAGUCUAUGUUUGAUAUCCAUUAUUUCCGAAAGGAUCCAAGGCCAUUCUUCAAGUUUGCAAAGGAGAUCUACCCUGGUCAGUUUGAACCGUCUGUUAACCAUCAGUUCAUCUCAGUUUUAGAGCAGCAAGGAAAACUUCUACGCAACUACACACAGAAUAUAGACACAUUAGAGCAAGUGGCGGGUAUCAGUAAAGUCAUACAAUGCCAUGGUUCCUUUGCAAGUGCAUCGUGUACCAGAUGCAAGCAUAAAGUUGAUGCAGAUUUCAUCAGAGAAGAUAUAUUCAACCAGGUGGUUCCUUUGUGCCCUAAUUGCCCUCAAGACAGCGAUGAGUUAGCUGUUAUGAAACCAGAUAUUGUGUUCUUUGGUGAAGGUCUUCCAAACUCAUUUUAUGAAUCUUUAGACGAUGAUAAAACUGAAGCUGAUCUACUUAUUGUCAUUGGUUCAUCACUUAAAGUCCGGCCAGUUGCAACCAUACCAAAUAUGCUUCCUCAUGAUAUACCUCAAAUUCUGAUCAACCGAGAACCUCUUCCUCAUAUGACCUUUGACAUUGAAUUGCUUGGCGACAGUGACAUUAUUGUGAAUGAGUUAUGUCGUCGUCUUGGUGAUGGCUGGAACCAGAUAUGCCACACAAAUGAGAAACUAGAAGAAUCAUUAGAAAUGCCAAUGCCAGCAAAGAUGCUGUUUGAGACGAUGCCAACACCUCCUUAUAGUCAAGGAGAAUGUGAGGAACCCACUCAGGGUGAUGGCACACUGACCACAGUUGAGCAGACUGGAAGCCUAGUAGAUGAUGUGUUUGCACUUGAACAGAAGAGUAAGCAGGAUGGCACAAAGGCAGUCACAGAGUUGCCAGCAGCCACUGAUGCCACACAAGAGGACAAGACAAACAUCAGUAUGCAGGGUCGAGAGGAAGACCAGAGUACAAAAGAUAACUCAACUCAAGUAGGACAUCAAGUCAAUGGCGAUAAGCAUACAGUGGAGGAAUACACCAACAAAGAGGCAGAUCUCACACCUGAGAGAUCUGCUGAGGUAAAAGAUGCAGCAAAUGCAGAAUCACAAGUCAAGGAAUGUGUGAUGGACAAGGCAUCAUCCAGUAGUUCUCUUGAUGUCAAUGAAAAAGGCGGGUCAGUUGCAGAAAGUCAAGUAAAGAUAGGAGUAGGUAGAAAAAAGAAAACACAGAGGAGAUACAGUAGAGACAGCAUUGCAACACACCUUAAACCAUCAACCUUUUUGUUUCUCCCACCAAAUCGUUAUAUAUUCCAUGGAGCCGAGGUUUAUCCAGACAGUGACUCCGAGGAGGAAUCUUUUGACCAGGACUCUUCCUUAAACACUUCUUCAAGUUCGUCACAUGACCCUUCAAAGAACACCGCAGCACCAGUACCGGAUGAUGUCAUAGCCUCAUCAGAGGACUUAGCGUGUAGCGAUUCGAAAAAUAAUACCGAUUCUUUAACCAAAGUUUGUUCUGAUAGCCCUGUAAUUGGGAGUGAGAAUGGUGUUCUUGCAGCCAGUUUGUUACCAUCAAAUGGGAUAUCCCAUGAGGCAAAUUGUGAAAUAACAUUUGAACUGCCAAUUGACAACAGUAGUAGUACUAAAGGCACUCAAGAGGUUACAAAAGAGAUUGUGUGUAAUGUUAUGCCAUCUGAAUCCAACCAAAAAAGUUCUUGAUUUAUUCUACCAAAAGAAGACUAAUCCAAGUCUUCCAAUUUAGCCCAGUACAAUCACUUUAUUGAUGUUAACAAGUUUUAUAAUUGAAAAAUAUGGGACAAUACUGUACCAAAUAUAUAAGUUUUUAUAUUUUUCAAAGUUAUAACAUUUGGAAGUUAAUAUUUUAGUUGUAUUAAUUUAUUCUUAUUUUGUUACGCAUUUCUGUAGCAAAAUCAAUGUUAACAGAUACAUAGAACCACAUACUAAGUUACAACCACAUACUAAGUUACAAAGUCCAUUAGAAUGGCAGUAAAUUUAAGAGUAAUAUAACAAAUAUUUUUGACAAUUAAUUCUAAUUUUGUUAUUUAUUUUGCAUAUCUUUGUACAGUGUUGAAGUUGAAUUACAAAUUAUAAAUAAGGUAAUAAGGUAGCAUCUCCAAGAUCAUAAUAUAAUUAAACUUUGUAUAUAAAUGACAGAAUCUGAUUGGUCAGCUUGUAAAUAUACAGUAUAUAUAAGUUAAACUACUGUACUAGUCCCAUGGUUUAUGUGAUCGAUUAGAUUGAUCAUGCUUGUUUUAAAUAUAAACAUCAUGGGCUGUCCACUCCUAUGAUUGGAGGAACACCUAGAACUGGUACUAAAUUUAUUUGUAUUAAGUAUUUUUAAAGGUAUUCUCAGGAAAUUAAUAAUCUUAAGGCAAAUUAUCUGCAUAAACUGCAAACAACUUGGUUGAAACUUAGCAUGUAUAUGGGCAGCCAAUCUAUUUUUGUGUUAAAAGCUCUAAACAAAUUGUACACUGCAGCAAAGAUUAAACUUAUAAACAUAAUAUUUUGGUAUGAUAUCCCAAGUAGGUUUGUAUAUGAUCUAUUAGUGGCCGUUAACUAAAUUAAAUGCUGCAUUUAAAUGCUAUAACUGCAACAGGUUAAAUUUACUGUACACAAUUGAUUGUUAACAUACCUUUUGUAGUUAUUUAUUUGCACCAAAUUAAGCAAUUCAUUGUCUUAAUGUAUUAAGUAGUAAUGUUAACAUUUUAGUACUAGGGUACCGUACCAUUUACACACAGUGAAUGUUAAAAACUAAGAAGGAAUUACCUUUAUGCUGUACAAGAAAAUCUACAAUUUACAAGGUUGAUAGAUUCUAAUUUUUAAAAUUUAAAUGUUAGAUUAUAAUUUUCUGAAUGUAUGUAAAUCCUGUAGAUCAGGGUGUUCUGACUUGCAAUGAUCAAUUGUUUUAAAUUAACACACAUAUUUUGGAGUGUUCUUCAUGGAAAAACAUACAUUUUACUUUUGCAUUCUACAUGAAAAUCUAUCAAUUUUAAUAUACUGUACGACUAUUUACAAUUCGAUUGGUGAAUACAUGAUUACUGUAUGCAUUGAUUUCACUCUUGUUUUAGGGUGUCAUCUAAGGUAAACAGGGUUUGUUGUAGAAUUUUAUGCCAUUGAGUCUUAAAUUGUAUUCUUUUAUUACCGUACAAAAUUUUCAUAGACCAGAUUCCUUGUAAAAUUGAACAUUUGUUAUUGAUGAUAAAAACAUCUUGAAUUUAUGUAAUGAUGCUAAUAUAUUUUCAGCUCAGUGCAUAUAGACACAUUUGUGAUAGUAUAUAGCAAGAGAUCACAUGCUGUGUGUGGUUUAGGGGCCAUUAUUUCAAUGAUUAUUUAAACAGGUACAAGAGGCUUAAAUUAAUAGUGCACUGUGGAGGAAAAUUAGGAUUAUUUUAACACAUUGACUGCCAUGUGGUAUGGUGCGAUUCAUGUAUGCCAAGUCUUCUUGUACAAUAAAUCUUGUAGGACGUUCAGUAAUAUUAAAGACUAAGGAAUAAAAUUAUUAUUAUUAAUAUGCAAAAUCCCUUCCCCCACAACUAAGAGUACAUUUUGAACUGACUGGGCAUAUUAAUAAGAAAUACAAAAAUUAUGAAGCAUGUAGAAGUGCACUGUAAUAGGUGGCAGUCAAUAUGUUAAUUAGCAAGAUGAUAAAUAAAUACUGGUUCGCAUCUAUGCAUGAAGGAUGAUUCUGUGUUACAGUAUUUACAACAAACAUUUGUCACAGUAAUUUUAGUUCGCAUUGAUUUGUAGUGCUAUUUGCUGCCCUCUACAGCUCUUACCAUAAAAGCAUGUGUUUGUAAAUAAACUAUGGUAAAGUGUAAAACAUUA